AUGCUCCACCUGAACCUUGAUGAUCGCCGGCCCGUUAACUACGCGAUGAUCAUGACCCCGCCUGCCGAGCGCGACCUAAAUAUUUUGCACGACAAAGACUCACAACCCUACAAUCAGAAACAAUCCGUGGGGACCGAUACCGAUGAUCGCUGGGCGCAAAUUUUUCGAUACACCCCGACUCCCACCUUGAUUUUAGACGGUUCUCUUCGGGUCGUGAGCACCUCCGAAAGCCAUCAGACCACCUUCAAGCACACCCGGGACCAAUUACAGGGAACGAGCAUCUACGAACUGGCCCCGGGUAUUGUCCCGGCCACUGAUAUUGCUUCGCUGAGUGGUGCCUUGAAUGCGGCGAUCGCUACAAAAGAAGCCAAAGUCAUCGAUCAUGUCCACAUUCCAGAUUCAGAGGUUUUUUACUCUUUGAGAGUAACACCCAUCUUCAACGGUGACGUGUUGAUCAACGUUCUCCUUGAAUCCCACAAAGAGAAGCGGCAGCAGCGCGCAUCCAAGAUUAGUGAACAGACUUACCUCAAUGAGACCUACAAAAUCUUGAUUGACACUGUUAAGGAUUAUGCAAUUUUCAUGUUGGAUACCCGUGGUCAUAUCGCCACCUGGAAUUCUGGAGCAUCCAUUCUUAAACAAUAUUCCGCCCAGGAAAUUAUCGGCAAGCACUUUUCCAUCUUCUACGGACCAGACGACUGCAAGGCCAAUAAACCAGCCCGAGAGUUGGAGGUAUGUCUACGUGAUGGUAAGGUGGAGGAUGAAGGCUGGCGUUAUAAGAAAGAUGGUGAACGUUUCUGGGCCAAUGUCAUGAUCACCCCCAUAUACCAGUUUGGCCGACAUGUCGGCUUCGUGAAAGUGACUCGGGAUCUGACCGAGCGUAAAGCCGCGGAAGCCCGCGUCAUUGACGCCUUUGAAGAGUCGUCGAAAAUGAAAACUGAUUUUUUGGCAAAUAUGUCCCAUGAGCUACGCACCCCGAUGAAUGGUAUGUUCUUGGCUUUGACAAUGCUCAUGAGGACUCCCCUGGCGGAAGACCAGCUAGAGUUUGCGUCCAUUUUGGAGGACUCAACUGGCUUGCUUCUGCAAGUCAUCAACGAUGUUCUAGACUACUCGAAGUUAUCUUCCGGGUCCUUCUCUCUCAUCGCCGACACUCUCAAUGUCCCCAGCGUGAUCAAUACGGUCGCCCGAAACUGCCAGCCGUCGGUCAAGGCCGGCGUCACCUUAGACAUCUCGAUCGCCCCAAACUUUCCGCAGAGUAUUCAGGGCGACCCGCUACGCUUUCGUCAGGUUCUUCAGAAUCUUGUUGGUAACGCCGUGAAAUUCACCGAACAGGGCUAUGUCCGUAUCAAAGCCUCGCAUGCAAAGGAUCCAGUUGAUCCUCGGUUUUACACGAUCUCUGUUGAGGUAGUAGACUCGGGGAUAGGAAUUCCAGAGGAUGCGACCAACACCCUUUUCACACCGUUCACACGAUUUGCAGAUUCGGCUGUCAAGCGAUACCAAGGCACUGGGUUGGGGCUUUCCAUCUCCAAAAGCCUCGCUGAACUGAUGAAUGGUGCAAUCGGAUUUCAUCCGAACCCAGACGGUCCUGGUAGUGUGUUUUGGAUAUCCACAAAGAUGGCCUGCAUCAAUUCGCCCGUUACUCAGAUCAGAGGUUUGUCGACUACAUUGAAACCGUUCAAAUUCGAUCCGACAGAGCAACUCAAAGCUAUCGCGCCACAAAGGCAAAUUCUGCUCGUGGAAGAUAAUAAAGUCAAUCAAACAAUCAUGCUCAAGCUGCUGGGCACGCUGGGCUUUGAACGUGUGGAUGCAGCCUGGGAUGGCGCUGAAGCCGUACGUAUGGUGAAGCAAAAGCCCCUUGCCUACAAUAUCAUCCUGAUGGACAUCAAUAUGCCGGUCAUGGACGGUUUGGCGGCUACGGGGCAGAUUCGGCAGAUGAUGAUCGAUGUCCCAAUCAUUGCACUCACCGGAAAUGCUCUUAAGGGAGAUGCUGAGAUGUAUCUUGCCAAGGGCAUGAACGAUUACCUUGCGAAGCCGCUCCAUCGGCAGCAAUUGGUGGACAUGCUCUGGAAGUGGUGUGGAUCUUAA